AUGCUGAAAUCAGCCGGAUUCGUGCUCAGAAAGUGGGCUUCUAAUGAUCCUGCCAUACUAUCGAGUAUUCCUCAGGAGCUGUGGGAAUCUGCCCCACAAUUAGAAAUUGAUCGGUCAACCGCAGUGAAAACACUUGGUUUGUUGUGGUUCCCUCAAACGGACAUGUUCAAAUUCAAAAUACCACAACUGACAGCGCUGGAUGUAGUUACGAAGCGUAUCGUAGUCUCAGAAAUGGCUCGCCUUUUCGAUCCGCUAGGGCUUCUGGGACCUGUUGUAGUAAACGCAAAAAUGUUUGUACAAAGACUCUGGGCUGAUAAUAUACCAUGGGAUGAAGAGCUGUCGGAAGAGCACAGUGUUUGGUGGAGGAAUUACCGUUCAGACAUCUUUCAACUUCGUUCAAUAGAAAUUCCCCGAAGAGCUUUAUUCAACGCCAGACGUGAGUAUAAUCUGCACUGUUUCUGCGACGCAUCCCAGCGUGGGUACGGAUGCUGUGUCUACGUAGUCUCACCAGAUGAAACUGGAAAGCUGCACUCUCGAUUGCUCACUUCAAAGGCUCGUGUCGCUCCUCUACGAGGACAAACAAUUCCAAGACUGGAACUUUGUGCAGCGCUCUUGGGAAGUCAACUAAUCGACAAUCUUCGUAGAACAACCGAGUUUUCUAACACAGUCACCUAUUGGACCGACUCCACAAUCGUGCUGCACUGGAUCAAAUCGCAGUCCAACAACUGGAAGGUUUUCGUGUCAAAUCGUGUGGCGGAAAUACAACGCCUAACUAAGGGAUCAGAGUGGAGGCAUGUUCCUACCGAAUUGAACCCCGCUGAUCGCAUUUCCCGCGGCACUCUGGCAAGCGAACUUUUGGAAGACAAGUUAUGGUGGCAUGGCCCGAGCUACGCCACGACACACGUCGAGCUAUGGCCACAGCGUGUGAUUUCACAGCCUUCUGGACAGAUGCUUCAGGAAGAAUCCCGCGUUGCAGUUGCACUCCUUAUCAGCCAAGCUGAUUCAUCCUUGAUCGACAAGUUCUCCGAUCUCGCGAAGCUGAUCAGGACAGUUUCCUAUUGUUAUCGCUUCUACAAUAACUGCAAGUUGCCGAAGGAGAAGAGAAGCACUGGACCAUUUACACCAAGCGAUGGCCAUUCCGCUAUGAAGGUUCUCGUUCGCCUAGCGCAAGCUACCGCUUUUCCAUCCGAAGUACGGCUCUAUCAAGAUCGUCGAGGUAGCCCAGUUAAUCCAAAAGAACUUGGUUCGAAAUCACCACUCAAAACCAUAACCUGCUUUGUGGAUACAUUUGGGCUGUUCAGGCUCGAUGGUCGACUCAAAUACAAGAACGCUCCGUUCGACACCCGUUGUCCGAUGAUAUUACCAGCGGAUCACCAACUCAGCUGGUUGAUAGCUCGCUCACUCCACGUCCAAACUCUUCACUCUGGACCAACUCUUCUACUUGCAACCAUGCAUCAACGGUUCUGGCCACUCCGGGGUCGUCGUCUCGCUCGCAGAGUUGUACGUGAAUGCAUAACCUGUUACCGGUGCAAUCCACGAUUAACACACCAGCAAAUGGCACCGCUUCCAUCAGUACGCGUAACUCCUGCUCGAGCAUUUGCAUAUUCGGGGUUGGAUUACUGCGGGCCGUUUCUCGUUCGUCCGUUGGUUGGGAGAGGAGCGUCCGUAAAAAUCUACGUCGCGUUAUUCGUGUGUUUAGUGGUGAAGGCCGUCCAUCUCGAAGUGGUCGCCGAUCUGACGUCGGUCGCGUGUAUCAAUGCCGUGAAACGUUUCGUGGCACGCCGCGGUCGAGUGCUAGAAUUACACUGCGAUAAUGCGACUGCUUUCGUCGGGGCAGAUCGUGAGCUUAAAGCUGCGCGCCAAGCUUUCCGCGAACAGUUUCGUAACAAGGAGUGGGACAACUACUGCGUCAACAGCGGAAUCACGUUUCGCUUCAUCCCAGCCCGAUCGCCGCAUUUUGGUGGGCUAUGGGAGGCCGGCAUCAAAUCGUUCAAGUAUCACUUUCGUCGCAUCAUGGGAUGCAAGGCGUUCAACAUGGACCAGCUGCUAACCGUUGUGACCCAAAUCGAAUCCAUCCUGAAUUCUCGUCCUUUAGCCCCUUUAUCCGAUUCUCCAGAUGACAUUUCCGCCCUAACCCCCGGUCAUUUUUUGAUCGGAGAGCCACUUUUCUCCAUCCCAGAACCAAACCUCUGUGAGCUGAGUUCUAAUCGCUUAUCACGCUUACAGGACAUGAAACGGUCGGUACAGGAUCUAUGGCGACGCUGGUCCAGAGAUUAUUUGAGUCAAUUGCAACAGCGUUCUAAAUGGAAGCAAGCUACAAAGGACGUGUGCGUUGGUCAACUGGUGCUGUUGAAGCAAGACAAUACCCCUCCACUUCAAUGGCCGUUGGGACGAAUCGUCGACACAACCGUAGGGCACGAUGGACAUGUUCGCGUUGUGCUCGUCAAAACGGCAACGGGAUGUUAUAAGCGUGCGGUAACGGAGAUUUCCGUGCUUCCAGUUGAUCCGGACGAAGACACCGUAGAGAAGCAAUCCACUUCGUCUACAAGUGGUCUGACUGCAGAAGGUUCGGCAUCGUAG